AUGGCCUCCUCUCCUCCUCGCAGAGGCUCUCGAGCAUCCGCCGACGCGCCAGCCCAACCCGCUGCCCAUGAAGCCGACCCCCAGCCCAGCUCUGUCGAAAUGAGCAACCUCACGCCGCAGUCGGCCCCGGAGCCCGACUCGUCGAUACCGCCUGUCGCCUCCACUCCCAACGCCACACCGCAAGAUUCAGACGUCCAGCACGACGCGCCCCAGCAGCCGUCGCCCGAGCCGGCUCUCGUUCGCUCCGAAACCGAAGCCAUUGGGCCCGCUUCGGACACUCCCGCCGCGAAGCCGGAUCCGGCCAGCGGUCCCCAGGUCGUCAUCACCCUGCUGCUCACCAGCGGCGCCCGCCAUCCCUACAAGAUCGACGAAAAAUAUCUGCGCAAACGCAAUGUCACUGUCGAGAACAUGGAUCCCUUCAACAUCAGUGUCUACACCCUCAAGGAGCUGAUAUGGAGGGAUUGGCGCGAAGAAUGGGAGCCGCGGCCCUCGUCGCCCAGCUCAAUACGGUUGAUUUCCUUUGGACGGAUGCUCGACGACAAGCAGCCGCUGAAGGACUGCCGCUUCCAGGCAGAAUCUCCCAAUGUUGUUCACAUGACCGUCAAGCCGCAAGAAGUUGUUGAUGAAGAGGAUGCAAAAACAGCAAAGGCAGGAGGCCGCGACAACGAUGACGGCGAGACAACCGCAAGGUGUCGCUGCGUCAUCCUAUGA